ACAAUCCACAAGGUACACACUCCUGAAUAGCAGUGGAUUCCGGCAGUUCUACACAGAAUGUGUUUUACUAGAGUUUUAUUGUCAGUAUAAAUAUGUCUAUGAUAUUGUGUUCUUAAUCUGUUUAAUUUAUACAAAUCUUAGUAGUGUACGUAGCUAAGUGUAAACAUGGGAACGAAAAGGAAAGCGGAUAGUCAAGUUCCAGCAGAAGAAAGUGAUCUUCUAUCAAUUAGACCCUUAGGAGCUGGACAAGAAGUUGGAAGAUCUUGUAUUAUGCUCGAAUUUAAAGGAAAGAAAAUCAUGCUUGAUUGUGGUAUACAUCCUGGGUUGUCUGGUAUGGACGCACUACCAUUUGUGGACCUUAUUGAAGCCAAUGAAAUUGAUCUACUAUUGAUAUCACAUUUUCACUUGGACCACUGUGGAGCGCUGCCAUGGUUCCUCAUGAAGACUAGUUUCAAAGGCAGGUGUUUCAUGACUCAUGCUACGAAAGCUAUAUACAGGUGGCUGCUUUCGGAUUACAUUAAAGUUAGUAAUAUAGCAACAGAUCAGAUGCUCUACACAGAGUCAGAUCUAGAGAACAGUAUGGAUAAAAUCGAGACGAUCAAUUUUCACGAAGAGAAAGAUGUCGGAGGAGUAAAAUUUUGGGCUUAUAAUGCUGGACAUGUGUUGGGAGCUGCGAUGUUCAUGAUUGAAAUCGCUGGAGUCAAGGUACUGUACACUGGCGAUUUUUCUCGGCAAGAAGAUCGUCACUUGAUGGCUGCAGAAAUACCAAGUGUCCAUCCGGAUGUGUUGAUUACAGAAUCAACGUAUGGCACGCACAUCCAUGAGAAGAGAGAAGAGCGCGAGAGCCGGUUCACAACACUGGUCCAUGACAUAGUGAACCGGGGCGGGCGAUGUCUUAUUCCUGUAUUUGCCCUGGGGCGGGCCCAAGAACUGCUCUUGAUUUUAGAUGAGUACUGGGGCCAGCAUCCUGAAUUGCACGAGAUUCCGAUCUAUUACGCUUCCUCCCUGGCUAAAAAGUGCAUGGCUGUCUAUCAGACUUACGUCAACGCCAUGAACGACAAGAUUCGUCGUCAGAUAGCAAUCAACAAUCCUUUUGUCUUCAAACACAUUUCUAACCUAAAAGGUAUAGACCAUUUUGAAGACAUCGGACCGUGUGUGGUGAUGGCUUCUCCAGGAAUGUUGCAGAGUGGCUUGUCUCGGGAGUUGUUUGAGUCAUGGUGCACAGACAGCAAGAAUGGAGUCAUCAUUGCAGGUUACUGCGUGGAAGGUACUCCAGCCAAGGCUAUACUCUCAGAGCCAGAAGAAAUUGUGACAAUGACCGGACAGAAAUUGCCUCUUAAGAUGUCGGUGGAUUACAUCUCUUUCUCAGCCCACACAGACUUCCAGCAGACCAAUGAGUUCAUAAAGAUUCUCAAGCCCCCCCAUGUAGUGUUGGUGCAUGGAGAACAGAACGAGAUGAAUCGUCUGAAAGCAGCUCUGGUGAGGGAGUACGAGGAUGAUCCCAACACAAGUAUGGAGAUACAUAACCCUCGCAACACUGUGGCCGUUGAACUGUACUUCCGUGGAGAGAAGACUGCCAAGGUGAUGGGAAGUCUGGCCGUGGAGAAACCAAAACCUGGUCACAAGAUCUCCGGUGUACUGGUCAAGAGGAACUUCAACUACCAUAUGUUGGCGCCUUCCGAUCUCACCAAGUACACUGACAUGAACAUGAGUACAGUGAUACAACAGCAGUCCAUCCACUUCACAAGUUCGAUGAAUGUGUUGCGUUAUCUGCUCACUCAGCUGACCGGCACCGUUGAGGCUUUGGAGGAUAAAAAGCUAAGAGCAUUCCAAGCCAUCGACAUCACACUUGACAACAAGAUGGUGACUCUGGAGUGGGUAGCGACGCCAGUGAAUGACAUGUUCGCCGACUGUGUGCUAACAGCUGUUCUACAAGCCGAGUCUCUGGACCCUGCCAGCAAGUUCCUGCCCGUGCCAUCCAAGAUGGACCGCAUGCACUUCAAGGAGUGCCUGAUAGAGAUGCUGCAGGAAAUGUUUGGAGAAGACUCGGUUCCGAAGAUAUUCAAGGGUGAGAAGCUGUACGUCACUGUUGAUGGGAAAAAAGCGAAUAUCGAUCUCUUGAACUUGGAGGUGACGUGUGAAGAAGACGAGACAUUCCAGCAGAUUGUUCAGACAGCAGUGAGCAAACUGCACGACUCCCUGGCACCACCCAGAACCGAGUUCCUCAGUGGAGCCAUCCUGUCUUAGUCUCCGGUAUCAAGCUAAACUCCUCUCGCUGGUUGAUUACUUCAGAAAUGUAUAUAUUUUCCCCAUGACUGUCUGUGUAUUUUGAAGAAACAUCCAUCUUGAUAAUGUGUAUUAUCAAUAAAAUAUUUAAUUUUGUUUACUUUCA